AUGGUCAACACGGUCAAUAUGGUCAACGUGGUCAACAUGGUCAACAUGGUCAACAUGGUCAAAAUUAAAUUACUAUCAACAUGGCAACAUGGUCAACAUGGUCAACAUGGUCAAAAGUAUAUUACUAUCGACAUGUACAACAUGGUCAACCCGGUCAACCCGGUCAACACGGUCAACACGGUCAACACGGUCAACAUUGUCAACACGGUCAGCACGGUCAACAUUGUCAACACGGUCAUCAUGGUCAAAAUGGUCAACACGGUCAGCAUGGUCAACACGAUCAACAUGGUCAACCUGGUCAGCAUGGUCAACAUGCAUGGUCAACACGAUCAACACGGUCAACAUGGUCAGCAUGGUCAACAUGGUCAACAUGGUCGACAUGGUCAAAAGUAUAUUACUAUCGACAUGUACAACAUGUUCAACACGGUCAAGAUGGUCAACACGGUCAACACGGUCAACAUGGUCAACACGGUCAGCAUAGUCAACAUUGUCAACAUGGUCAACACGGUCAUCAUGGUCAUCAUGGUCAACAUGGUCAAAAUGGUCAACACGGUCAACAGUCAAAAGAAUAUUACUAUCAACAUGGUCAACACGGUCAACACGGUCAACAUGGUCACACGCAUGGUCAACAUGGCCAACAUGGUCAACAUGGUCAAAAUGGUCAACACGGUCAACAGUCAAAAGUAUAUUACUAUCAACAUGGUCACCAUGGUCAACAUGGUCAACAUGGUCAAAAUGGUCAACACGUUCAACAUAGUCAAAAGUAUAUUACUAUCAAUAUGGUCAACAUGGUCAACAUGGCCAACAUGGUCAACAUGGCCAAAAGUAUAUUACUAUCGACAUGUACAUGGUCAACAUGGUCAACAUGGUCAAAAGGAUAUUACUAUCAAUAUGGUCAACAAGGUCAAUAAGGUCAACAUGGUCAACCCGGUCAACAUGGUCAACACGGUCAGCAUGGUCAAAAUGGUCAACAUGGUUAACAUGGUCAACAUGGCCAAAAUGGUCAACAUGGUAAACACGGUCAUCAAAGUCAUCAUGGUCAACAUGUUCAACAUGGUCAACAUGGUCAACACGGUCAACAUGUACAACACGGUCAACAUUGUCAACACGGUCAGCAUGGUCAACAUGGUCAACAUGGUCGACAUGGUCAAAAGUAUAUUACUAUCGACAUGUACAACAUGGUCAACCCGGUCAACAUGGUCAACACGGUCAGCAUAG